AUGUCAGCUAGUGUCGACGAACUGACCUGCAGAUUCGUUGGCAAAAAUGGAAAGAAAUAUGAAAUUCACGCAAAUAUCACAGAAACAUACCCUACGACCCCGCCAGUGUGGUUUGCCGAGAGUGAAGACCUGAUAGUGACAAAUGCUGUUCAGAUACUAACUAACACACAGGGAAGAGAUAAUCAUGUUAUUAAUCAGGUGGGUAUAUUAUUGAGAGAACUAUGCAAGUUACAUGGUGUACCAGAACCACCUGAUUUGGAUUCACUUUCAUUGCCCGUCCACCCAGCACCACAGCAGAGAGUUCCAAGUGUAACAUCAAACGGCGCAGAAUCCGGUACAGAGGAAGAUGAAGACAUGGCCGCUGAGGAGGAUGACUCAGAGGGAGAAGACGACUUGCCACUUGAAAUGGUUGAGGAUGCUGCCAGAAGUAACAAGGAUGAUAUGGAAACAGAACACCUAGCAACUUUAGAGAGAUUGAGACAGAACCAACGGCAAGAUUACCUGUCUGGAAGUGUUUCCGGCAGUCUUCAGGCCACGGACAGAUUAAUGAAGGAAUUAAGAGAUAUUUAUCGCUCACACUCAUUUAAAAGCAAUAUGUAUUCUAUAGAACUGGUAAAUGAUUCUCUAUACGAAUGGAACAUAAGACUGCGUUCUGUGGACCCUGAUAGUCCAUUGCACAAUGAUCUGCUAGUUUUAAAGGAAAAGGAAGGAAAGGACUCCAUACUACUCAAUAUCAUGUUUAAAGAGACAUAUCCCUUUGAGCCGCCGUUUGUAAGGGUGGUCUAUCCUAUUAUAUCUGGAGGCUAUGUGCUGGUGGGUGGCGCAAUAUGCAUGGAACUUUUAACGAAACAGGGUUGGUCGUCAGCGUACACAGUGGAAGCGGUUAUAAUGCAAAUAGCCGCAACUUUAGUUAAGGGCAAGGCGCGGAUUCAGUUUGGCGCGACGAAAGUCGUAUCUCAAUCGCAAUACAGCCUUGCGCGCGCGCAGCAAAGCUUCAAGUGCCUCGUGCAAAUACAUGAGAAAAAUGGUUGGUUCACACCGCCAAAAGAGGACGGUUAA